GAAAAUUAUAUCUGGAAUGCUGGCAACCCUUGUCGCAAAGGGCGAUUAGUUCAAACGAACUGCUUUGUGCUUUUGAACUAUUUAUUAAUGAACAUAAACAUAACCUCGUUUCGUGAACAAUAAUAAACAUUGUAUUGUUUUAUAUGUUUGAAAUCCGUUUAAACUCAAAUAAACUAUUCAACAAUGCAAGUAAGCUCCCAAAAACAAAUCAGUUACUACUAGACUUAGGAGAAUUUGAUUUAUGUGUAAUCAAUAAUGGACCUGCAGUGUCUAAAUAGAGUUGAAUGCAACCAAGGAGCAGUGAGGGCAGUUAGAUUCAAUGUGGACGGAUCUUACUGCUUAACUUGUGGAUCUGAUAAAAAACUGAAGUUGUGGAAUCCCUAUCGAAGCCUCUUGCUCAAAACAUACGGGGGCCACGGUAACGAAGUCCUAGACGCUUGUGGUUCAUGUGACAGCAGCCAAAUAGUCUCUUGUUCGACGGACAAAUCCAUCAUUUUGUGGGAUGUGUCCACAGGACAACCUUUGAGGAGAUUCAGGAGCCAUGCUGCAAGUGUCACUUGUGUUAAAUACAAUGAAGAAUCCACAGUGGCGAUUUCUGGAAGUUUGGAUAACACAGUUAUGUGUUGGGACAUCAGAUCACGGUCACAAGUUCCCAUUCAGACUCUUAAAGAUGCUAAGGAUUGCAUAACAUCUCUGCUUGUUACUGAUCAUGAGAUCUUUACUGGGUCUGUAGAUUGUUCAGUAAGGAGAUAUGAUUUGAGGAAUGGGAAAUGUGAUGCAGAUUUUGUUGGAGCUCCCAUAACAUGUGUUAGCUUAUCACAUGAUGGCCAAUGUAUUUUAGUGAGCUCAGCUGAUAAUUCCGUCAAAUUAUUUGAUAAAACAAGUGGGGAAUUACUAGGAGAGUUCUUGGGCCAUAAGACAGAAGACAUGAACAUAGAAAGUGCUAUAAUCACCAACGACAAUUUUGUUUUGUCUGGUUCAAUCACUGGAGAGUUAUUUUGUUGGGACUUGGUCAGUGCUGAAAUCGUCAAAAAACUAAUUCAUACUCCGCUCAAAGUGCUCAACUCUCUCUGUGUUCAUCCAAAAAAAGAUGUGGUAUUGACUGCUUGUGUAGGAACAUUCAAGAUUUGGGGACAAACUGAUGAUGUGAAGAUCGAUAAUGAAAUAGAUAUUGAUUGA